AAUACGCUGCGCCAGGAGCGCGCCGGCGUUUCUAAACUCUUGUCAGCUCUGAGUCCACGCCUAGCAGUGUGAGAGUCCUGCAGUUUGCAUUCUCACAGACUGAGAGGUCACGAAGCGUUUAUGGGGCUGAGCCCACCCUCCCCCCAGAAGGCGCGACGCCAGUUUCCAGCUAGCGGCAAGAGGGGGCGCGGGCCCAAGGGGUCUAGGCGACCCUCACGAGGCCGCGAACAGCAACCUCGGCCGCCUGAGGACCGGCGCUCAAAGUCGGCUGUAGAUGAGCAUCCAUACCUGAGCCCCGAAGCUCUGGGGUAUUUCCGACGUGCGCUGACAGCGCUGAAAGAGGCCCCCGAUGCUGGGGAAGAACGAGAACUGAUGGUGCAUAACAUUUUGAAGGAAGUGGAAACUCAGGCCCUAGCCUUAGCCACAAACAGGACGGGCAGUGAGAUGCUGCAGGAACUCUUGGGGUUCAGUCCUUUAAAGCCGCUAUGUCAAAUAUGGGCUGCUCUGUGCUCCAACUUUCGUUUUGUGGCGUGUCAUCGGUGCGGGGUCCAUGUAUUGCAAAGUGCUUUGCUGCAGUUGCCUCGAUUGCUCGUGAAUCCUGCAGAAGAGGAGAGAAAGAAGGAGGAGGUGGAGGAGGAAGAAGAGGAAGAUGGAAAGAAUGGUACUUUGGAGGCCCUGGAAAAGCUGGUUCUGGGUCUGGCCUCUGAGGUGUGUGAUGAUUUUCUUUUCUACUGUGGAGAUACACACGGCAGCUUCGUGGUCAGAACUCUGCUGCAGGUGUUAGGAGGUUGUCUUCUGCAAUCUGAGAGAGUGAAACCCCGUGGUUCCCAGUCAUCUGAAGCACUAAGGGCCCCAAUUUGGGAACAUAAGCAAACUGAUUUUGAGGUCCCCGAAACCUUCCUGAAUUGCCUUCAGGACCUGAGUUCCUGCUUUCUGAAGGACAUUGCUGUGUUUAUCACUGACAAGAUUUCUAGCUUCUGCUUUCAAGUGGCUUUACAGAUCUUACACCGCAAACUGCCCCACGUUUGUGCCCAUCUCUGCAAUACUACAAUUGGCUACCUGAGUACUCGUAAUGCCUCAGCAGAUGGCAGCCCCUUGCUGCUAUUUCUGAGGGAUCAGACAAGCUCCAGACUCCUGGAGCAGGUGCUGCUGGUGUUGGAGCCCCCAAAGCUCCAGAGCCUCUUUGAGGAUCAUUUGCAGGGUCAGCUGCAGAUCUUGGCUGCACAUCCCAUUGCUAACUUCCCUUUGCAGCGCUUAUUGGAUGCAAUUACUACUCCUGAGCUGCUGUCCCCUGUGUUUGAGGAGCUGAGUCCUGCCCUGGAAGCUAUCCUAGCCCAGGGCCACACAGGAGUAGUUGUUGCCCUCGUGGGCGCCUGCCGCAGAGUUGGGGCUCACCAAACCCAGAUCUUACAGCUGUUGUUGGAGGCAUUCCACUGUGCAAAGCCCUCUUCCCGGCAGGUGGCUUGUGUGCCUCUCUUUGCCACUUUGAUGGCUUAUGAGGUAUACUAUGGACUUACCGAGGAGGAAGGGGCAGUGCCUACAGAGCACCAGGUAGAAAUAGCCAUGACCCGGGCCCUAGGUGAAGUGACAGUACUUGGUUCCCUAUUGCUUCAGCAUCUGCUGCACUUCUCUACCCCUGGUCUUGUACUUCGAAGUCUGGGUUCCUUGACAGGACCACAACUUCUGUCUCUGGCCCAAAGUCCUGCUGGUUCUCAUGUAGUGGAUGCCAUCCUGACCAGUCCCUCUGUGACACGGAAACCACGCCGCCGCGUGCUGCAGACCCUAAAGGGACAGUAUGUGGCUUUGGCCUGUAGUCGCCAUGGUAGCCGUGUUCUAGAUGCCAUCUGGAAUGGAGCAGCACUGGGGGCUCGGAAGGAAAUCGCUGCAGAGCUAGGGGAGCAGAACCAGGAGCUGAUUAGAGACCCUUUUGGCCACCAUGUGGCUCGAAAUGUGGCCCUCACUACCUUCCUGAAGCGACGAGAAGCUUGGGAACAGCAGCAGAAUGCCGUGGCCAAGCGGAGGCGGGCAUUGAAUUCAAUACUUGAAGACUAAGGCCUUGGGAUCUUAGACUAGAUGCUGAUAGGGAGGGAAAUGCGACCAUCUGCCCUGUCCCUUUCCUGGUUUAAAAGUCUUGAUAAGGGGCUGGGGAUUUAGCUCAGCGGCAUAAGUGCCUGCCUUGCAAGCAGGCAGUCGUGAGUUCGAUCCCUGGUACCAAUGAAAACGAAAAAGACCAAAAAAAAAAAAAAAAAAAAAAAGUCUUGAUAAAACAUUCUUAUAUUUUUAUUGGGAUUUUAUUUUUAGGUAAAACAUAUGAGGAAAUUGAGGUCUCAAGAUAAAGUCAGACAGGGCUGUCAUCAAUGUGAUGGGGAGCUUAGGGAUAGGGAGUUGGUAAGGAUGCAGGGUGGCUUCUUGAUGCUUGGGAACAGGUUGUGGCCUUUCAGGGUAGGUGGGGGGCUGCAGAUGAGGGCAGGAUAGGAUGUUUAGUAGAGAGUUCGGUUGGGGGAGUAAUGCCUUAUGCUGAUGGAUUCCAUUGCAGUGAGGUCAGAGGUUGUGGGGGAAAUCAGGUGUUGGUUAGUCUGCACUGCCUGCAGGUCCUGAAACGGGAUGCUGUCACAGUCCUCACAGCGUGUCUCAUAGAACAAGUCGGACAAAAGCUCAGACUCUCUUUUCAGUAGGGAUGGAGGCGACCCUGAUGCUGCCAGUGCUCGCCCCCCUCGACUACAUGGCGAAGGGUAGAGGAAAUUCCCAGCAGAAUAUGCCCAAGGCCUUGCAGCAACUUGGAGAGCCAAUGGAGGAGCUCCCUGAAAUCCAGAGACAGGAAAUCAGAUGAUGAGAGGAAACCAAGAGGCCCCUGAGAGCUGGUGUUUUUCACAAGGGGAGCUCAGUGGGGAUUAACGGGAGUAGGAAAUAAAAUUAUAGGAACUACACAUUUAUAAGGAAGGGAUUAUAUGAAACAUUGAUCUCUGACCUGAGUACUUUUUUUGGACCCACUCCUUGGAAGUCACAGCUCAUAGAGUAGAGCCCGUAGAAUGUUGCUUUGAUGUUUAGGCUGCCGAAGAGGUCUCGAGGAUUUUGCUUAUAUACAUCAAAGGUUAUGCGGGCAAUGUCCUUACUGUGCUUUGGUUUCUCUCGGCCCAGGCCAUAUGACAGCAUCCCACUCUGUAAGGCACCCACAUCAGUGCAGUGGACCCAUCAUACCCUGCCACCCACCACUGUCCCCCAUCAGCACUGGGUCAGGCCCACUUUUCUAGACUGGGUCCACUGUGUGAUGUCCUUGACAGCUCCAUAGCCCUCCCAGUGCCUCUGCCCCAAGAUCAGGGUUGGGCCAGGUAGAAACUAGGGUGAGCUGUGGAGCAUUGAUGGCCUAAACAGCUCCAGUGUGGGUCUCUUACCCUACUGGUCCAGCUCUGCCCAGUCUCCAGCACCAUCAGGCAUGUGUCGUCCUCUAGCAGUUGGAAGAAGUCCUCACUCUCCACAGCAGUCCCAUCCUCUUCUAGUACCAGUGUUAGCACUCCACCCAGCAUCAGGGUCUCUAGUGCCUGCCCCGUGGCAAGAAGCAUAGGGGAGAGACAGAUCUCAUACCAUUGCCCUCCCCUCCUUAGCUGCCCGACAUCCAUUGGUCAGCUCUAGUCCUGGUUGGUACACCAGCUCCACAUCCUAGUGCUUUGCCAUCCCUUAAGGUGUCAUCUCUCAAUGUCUAGUCGUUGGGGAGCGGUUACUAGGUGUGACCAUUUGUGUGUGUGUGAGAGAGUGCUGAGGAUUGAUUUCAGAGCCUUGUAUGUGGUAGGUAGCCACUGCCAUUGGUCUACACCUCCAACCUCUCCUACCAUGUCAUUGUCACCUUUCUCUGCUGUCCUAUAAGCCACUUCUCCUGGUGUGGAAUUUUAAAAAUUUAGCCAGGAGUUGGGCGUGAUGGUGCUUGUCUGUAGUCCUUAAAAAGCUGAGGCAAGAAGGUCACUUGAAUUCAGGAGUUUGAGACCAGACUAUAUGACAUGACCAAGAUUCAAGUUUUAAAAAAAAAAGUCUGACCAAGUUAUUUUGAAAUCCUUACUUUUGUCUUGUCUACGAUGUUCUACUUCACUUCCUCCACCCACAGUGUUCUCCAUUUGGUGCCAUUUAAUGUCUCGUACACUCACUAAGUGCUGUCUAUGAGGAUUUUACGUACCUGUCUUUUACUCAUUUCAGAUGUAGCAAAAUCAGGAUUUGAAUUUGGUUUUUCAUAUUCUAUUCCUAGAGGUAGACCUCUCUUUCCUUCUACUCCCAAAGAAAAGUCCAUGAGAGCUGGCUGUGGUAGUAUACACCUGUAAUUUUAGCACUCAGGAGGCUGAGGCAGGAGGAUCGCCCUGAGUUCAAGGCCAGCCUGAACUUCAUGGUGGAACCUACAUUAAAAAGAAAAAGACCCCCAAAACCAAGAAAAGCCCAUGGUGUGUAUGGGUGCUUCUUAAUUGGUUCUGGGAUAUACAAUGAGGUACCAAAAAUGACAUGUACCAAGCAAGUAUUUUGGCUGGUAAAGGUACCCAGGCAUGAGGCAAUCAACAUGAAAGCAUGUGCAUUGCGUACCACACAAUGAGUACUGGGACAGAAUUUUUAUGUGAAAGUGCACUGAAUAGCAAGUCUGAUAAGUUACAAAGCAUUGAUACCAAAGUGUAACAAUACUUGGAAAAUAAAUGAAUUGACCCCAACAGAAGAGAUCAUUGGGUUAACUCGCUUGCUCUUAGCCCUUAGAGGGAGCUGCAGUUAUGUGACCUGCAUCCUUUCUGUUCAUCAUUCUGAGGUGUUGCUUCUCGACUCUCUUGGGUGUUCCUGCUGUGGGACCCCAGGAACCUGGCUCAUUUACCUUAUCUAGCAGUUCUUGCCUGGUGGCAGCUGUCAGGCCUUUGCGGAUUGUUCGCUUGUGAUCACAGACGCGGAAAGGUCGCUGAGGUGGAGCUGAGCUCCAGACCCUACGGCCAAACUCGGAGCUCACGCUGGAUACUGACCUGGUAGUUGGGAAGGAAAGAAGGAAUUUAGUGGGGAUGGUGGGUGGAGUGGCUGGAAGGUUUAGGGGACAGCAUUCUAGGUUUGUGACUUAGCCAACUGGGUGAAGAGCAUGCAGUGGGGUUGGGGCUGGAUUAACUUAUAUAGGCGCAGGACAGGAGAUGAGUCUCCUUGGGGUGGAAAGGUUUGUCACCCUGCCUUCCCCUAUCCCCAGAGUUGGAGGGUAGAGGGUAGGGCCCGAGGUUACCUGAGUAGGUCUUUGGGGUUCAAGGCCGGGAGGUAAUCCAUGGUAGGGGGAAGCAAUAGGAGAGUUGCCUCUCCGUGGCUUCUGUGCUGGGCCUGAAGUGUUUUCUGUUGCAAAGCUGGACUCUCAGCCUUGGUGAGGUGGGAGAUGAGUCAAACUCGGACUCUGUUCCCCCCUUCCUGGUCAGUAAGGAGGACAAAGUCCAAGGGGAGGGGAAGAGGAGGGGCCUUGCCUGGAUAGUGGUGGUAGGGUUCCCAGCAAAGGCCACAUAAACGUGGGAUUGCGGGUAGAGCUGGGGGUGGAGGUGUUCAUCCAUUAUGAGAGUAAACAGGAGCGGUGUGAAAGGAUUAGAAUGUGGCCUCUGGUGUUUUUAUUUCUGUGCAGGGAACUUUUGGUUUUCAUUUUCCCAGGGAGUUUUUAGGAUCUGUUUGUGGCUUUCAAUCUCCUAGAAGCUGCAUUGUGUGGGAUCCGCACUGUUCUUGUUGCUACCUAUUGGAAAAACUAUGAACUGCAGCUUUCAGGACCGGUUGUGCCCAGCAUGCGGAAAGUGCCUUAGUAUGGGAAACAAGGAGGCAGGCUGGGCAAGGCCAGAAGGUGAGACGUGAGGCCAUGUGUUUGGGAGUGGAGUGAAGAUCCCGAUGUGUGGGUUUGCCUGGGACUGCAGCCUCCCACUUACCUGCGGUUUCCUCCUCAUUUGGAGAGGGUCUGGCUUAACAUCUCUGGUUGUGUGUGUGUGUGUAUUUUUCCUUUUUAUCGGUACCGGGGAUCGAACUCACGACUGCCUGUUUGCAAAGCAGGCACUUAUGCCGCUGAGCUAAAUCCCCAGCCCUAACAUCUCUGGUUUCAUUCACUAUAACUUUCUGCUCAUUGAUGCCAGAGUAGCCACCUUUUCUGUAACCCUUUUCCCUUUUGCCAAUAAAUGAACAUGAAAGAGA